UUUCAAAGCACAACUGAUAUUGCGAAUGCAUAUGGCAUUGCUGAAGUUGGUGUCAUGAUGGUCAGCACCAUCUUGGUGACCCUUGUAAUGGUUUUAAUUUGGCAGACUAACUUGCUUUUGGCAUUGUGUUUCUGUCUUGGAUUUGGUUCAGUGGAGUUAAUUUACAUGUCUUCUGUCCUAUCCAAAAUCUUUGAGGGUGGCUGGCUUCCACUUGCCUUUGCUACCCUUUUCCUAUCUGUGAUGUACACUUGGAACUAUGGUAGUGUAUUGAAGUACCGAAGUGAAGUUAGAGAGAAGGUUUCAGUGGACACAAUGCUUGAGCUUGGCUCCAAUCUCGGAACAGUAAGAGUGCCAGGUGUAGGAUUGCUGUAUAACGAGCUUGUGCAGGGCAUUCCCUCCAUUUUUUUGCAGUUCUUGCUGAACCUUCCAGCUCUUCACUCAACUAUAGUUUUUGUCUGCAUUAAAUAUGUCCCAAUCCCAGUGGUUCCUCAAGAAGAAAGAUUUCUAUUUCGAAGAGUUUGCCCCAAAGAUUACCACAUAUUCCGGUGUGUUGCCAGAUAUGGUUACAAAGAUGUAAGGAAGGAAGAUCACCAAGCAUUUGAGCAACUUCUUAUUGAGAGUCUUGAGAAAUUCUUGAGAAGAGAAGCUCUUGAGACAGCCUUGGAGUUGGAGGGCAACUUAACUGAUGAGUUGGACAGUGUCUCAGCAAAUACAAGAGAAUCUGAUCUUCCUGUUGGUACUGGUGCUGAUGAGCUUAGGAUUCCACUGAUGCAUGAUCAGAAAUUAGAAGAAACAGGAACUUCUUCAGCAUUGCCAUCUAGUUACAUGUCCUCAGAUGAUGAUCCUGGUCUUGAAUAUGAGCUUUCAGCUCUUAGAGAAGCAACAGAAUCAGGAUUCACCUAUUUGCUUGGACAUGGAGAUGUGAGGGCAAAGAAGAACUCUUUUUUCUUUAAGAAACUAGUGAUAAAUUAUUUCUACACAUUUCUCAGAAAUAACUGCAGAGGAGGUACAGCAAACAUGAGAGUACCUCACACCAAUAUCAUUCAAGUUGGAAUGACAUAUAUGGUCUGACACGGCCAUGUUCUUUUCAUAUUGUGCAAUGCACCCUCAGGUCUGGAACUCAUUGUUAUUGGUAUUUUCUUUUUCUGUCAGUUUUCUUACUGUAUGUGCUGGCUCACAAUAGCAGUUGGUCGUUAGAAAAGCCAGCGUGUGGGAUAUAGCCAAGGUGGUUCACAUAUGAAGCUGUUUCAGAAUCUGUACUUCUUUAAUUGUUUCGUUUUUCGAUUCAUAAUGUGAAGUAUUAGUUCAUUAAUUUAUAUGGGCCAAACUAGUGAAAUUUGAAUGAUGAAAACAAUGUUAAAUAUUA